CCUCCCCCUAAUAGCGAUAGUACCACUAAUGAGAGGAUAAAUAAAGUUGUUUAUUGAUUUGGAAAGCUCUGAUGCAAGCGCAGUGGGAAGCCGCACAGGCCGGCCUACGUGUCUUCUUGGAGGAAGAUGGCGACUAUGUACACUUCCUGGAAUGUGUUGAGAAGGAUCUGGCGCGAAAGCUUCGCUUUGAAUGUCGUUCGCGAGGCGGAUCUCUCGUGAAUAGCGUCGCCUUCGACCGGUUCUUGGAGGCUGUAGCGCAGCUCCGUCACAUCCAUACAUUUUUCCAGGCAAAACUAAAGCCGGUGUUGGAGCUUUCAGCGCGUGGAGCCCUCAAUUUAAUCGAUAUGAGGUGCAGCAGCUUCGUGGAGAUUUUGGCGGAUAUGCUGGGCCUCCUUCGCGUCCAGUACGGACAACUUCAUUGCCGAAAGGAAGCCACCCAAGCCACACUGGACGCAGUACUAUCGAAACAAGUAAAAGCCUGGGACGGGGAGGUGCUGGGGAAUUAUCUGGGGAAGCAGCAGAUAACUGCUGACAAGCUGCUGGAUCGACCAUUGAAGCGGUUUGAUGAGCUGGUGGAGUUCGUUGAAGCGCUGAGCAAGACUCUGUCCGAAGAUGGAGCUAUUAGCAACGACAGUGAUGCAGGCACGGAAGAAAAACUCAACUACGCUCCGCAACUGAUGCAUAUUGUCCAGGAAAGCAAGCACUACAUUCACCUCGUCAAGGCCGAUGCGCGCGAGGAGAAAGAACAAAUUGCGCUUCAAACUUGUUUUCAGGGAGACGGAGCUGAGGCCUUCCGCGAUUUGUCCGACAAUAAGCUGCUUCUUCACGGAGAAGUGUUCUUUUCGCAAAGCGAUCGUAGUGAAGCUGGAUCAGAGACUGCUGGUUCGUUUACUCAGCCAGAUAUGACCUACAUCCAUUGCUUUCAAGACGGAACUUUAGUUUGCAGCAAGCGACAGGACUCUGAGUCACGGUCUUCGUUCUCGAUCUUGCGUUGUCUACAUCUCAAGCAGGAUGCGGCCUUUUUGGAAUCCAUUCCGGCCAGUGUACCAAUGCUCGGACCAACAGAAGAAGCGUGUGCUUUGGCACUGAUUUUGCUAGACACAACACUCGUAUUUUCCUGGAGAGACGCAUCGGAGUGUCAGCGAUGGUCUGAUACUAUUGGAGGCUUCUUGGAAAUGAAUGGAUCACGGGCUGACUAUCUUCACCAACACAGAGCAAUCGGUGACCUUCCUGUUCUUGAGGAGGUUAAAGCGCAGCUUGUAGAAACGGAGACAAUCCCGACCAAAUUUGCAUCGUUUUAUGACGAUCAUCUUCCUGGAGUCUUCUGGAUGACAGCUGAUGGCGCCUCGGAGCCAAGCAAGUCUGGUUGGAAAUUGGUUGAAAUUGUCUUUUUUGCUAGAUGGCUUCUAGUUUUCAAGCUCGAUGGCUGGAAAGGACAUUCAGCUUUAUGCCAAUUUAACACUCGUGCACCCGAAAUGGAGAUUGGUGAGCAGCCACGAGGAGAGAAAGAGUGGAGUUUGGUGAUUUCGAAUGGAUCUGCAUGCAGCCUAACACUUGUAUCCAAGAAAAGAACUAGAAUUGACUUCUGGUUUGAUCAAGUGUGGAGGGCCAUCGAGAAUGCCCAGGUUGCAGCUAGACGAUGUGAAAGAGAAAAGAGGGAAAGACAAAAGAUGGAAGAGGAGGAAGCUUACAUGCGUCAUGACAGAAAGAAGCGAGGUGAACUAGCUGGGAAGAAGCGAAGGCUUGUGGUCUUGUCUGGCAGGAAAGAGAGUGCCAUUGACGAGAAGCAAAACUCCUUCUCUGAUUCAAGUCCAGCGGGCUCUAAUGGCUCCAAGCCUGAUGAUAAGACGGACGAAGAGUGUGGCGAGCAGGAUAAAAGCACUUCAACGAUCACUGUGGAAGAGGAGUCUACUGCAGCUCCCCCAGCUAAGAAGAAGUCCCGGCGAUUGUCCGACAAGUCGAAGCAAACUUUGACGGCAGCUUCUGCCGAAGAGAGCGUCAAUUUUGAUUCCAUCGCCUCGCCAGCUGUCACAACUCCGAAGAGAAGGUGGCUGAAAAGGAAGUCCGAGGACCCCGAUGACACGGCCCUGAUACCAACUCAACCGAGCUCAAGCAUGCCUACUGACGAGUCUACGAGUGAGAUUGAUUCUACACAGCUCCCUGCCAACGAAGCAGCCGCUGAAGAACGGAAGACCCAGGAAGUACGAAUUAUCCUCACUGGUAUUGAGCCUACUGCUGCAAUCCGAAAGAAGAUCGAUUCGAUUGCAGGUGCAGCAUACGAAGAAGAUAUUGAGAAGGCAACGCAUAUUCUAGCCCCUAGGAACCAGCUGAAACGAACUGUAAAGCUGCUUUGCGGGAUAUCGCGCAGCUCCCACGUCCUGGACGAGCGGUGGCUGGACGAGUCGGCUCGUGUGGGCGCUCCUGUUUACGAACGCGCUCAUUGCCUGAAAGAUUCUAAAGCCGAAGCGAAGUGGAAGUUUGAUUUGAGAAAAACCAUGUACGACUUUAAUCCCGAGCAGCGGCAACAGCUCUUCGCCGGGCAUCGGGUGUUCAUCACCAACCACAAGUCGGUAUUGCCUCCGGUGAAGGACCUCGUGAAGAUCGUUGAGUGCGCUGGUGGCGUUGCUGUGACCACAGGAAGCGCUGACCCGAACGACGUGGUGAUCACGAGUGAAGCAGCACUGGGCUCGGCCUCAGUUCGCAAGGCCCUGACGCAGGCGAACCCGCAACGGAUCUACUCGGCUGAGCUGAUUUUGAGUAGUAUCCUUCAGCAGCACAUUGAUUUUGACAAAAACCGCCUUGAGCAAUCGGGUGGUAGCAGUAGUCGCCGACGCAGGUAGAUGUUUGGACUAGCAAUUUACAUGUCGGAUGGCUAAGAUGAAUAUUCGGCGACGGAAUAAUGGUAAAUUGUGCCAACUUUGGAUCAAAUUCAAAUUAGGCAUUCAAGUUCCUUAAAAUUAUCAAGUCAGAUUUAUAAAUUUAU